UUUUUCUUCCCUCAAGGGUUCUUUAAUUUAAUGUAACCUACCAGGAUGUCUGUCAAGUAUUCUUGGACCUGCUGCGUGUUUGUGCUGGAUUCGAUCGAUUGCAUCCUUGAUUUUGACAGGUCUGUUGAUAUUUCCGAGUUUAGAAUUGAGUGUUGAGGAUCGUGGAGUGAAAACCAAUGGAGAUGAAUGCGCAAGCGCAUGGCGAGUCUCGGCAGUCGCAACAAAGUGCAUCUGAGGAUUCAUCAUCAGUUCUGAGACAGGUAGAAUCAUGUGCGGCUUCUAAUCUUUCAUCUCAUGAAUCUGUGCCCAAGCCAGGUUCUCAACAGCUGCUGGUCGAGUUUCUGAAGGUGCAGGAGCGUCGGGCUGGACUUUACUCGACACUUCAGGCUGGGUUUGCGGACUAUCUGAAAUCGGGAUCGGAGCUUUCCUUUCAGCAACUAUGUGGCAGGAUCACCACGGAUUUUAAUGAUUGCUCGAGACAGGUGAUUGAUAUUCAAGCAGCAUUGCGAGGACCCGAAAUUGCGAGGCAAGAUCUCGCAGAUAUACUUCAAGAUGUGCAGGCUCAAGAGAAACAGAAUUUGAAGAUGACUGCUACACUUCAACUUUUGCGGAAAGCUGGAAGGCCAUCAGAUCGUGCACAGGCACACGCAGGUAAGAAAGUCCAGCAUCAUCUGUGUUCUCACGGCCACGAGGAAGAGAGUGCUUUGGAACUUGCUGAAUCAGAUGCCGAAUAUGAUGCAGCCUACAAGGAAGCCACACAGGCUUUACAAGAAGCAAGAACAACAAUACACGAAUAUAUGGAGGAGGUUCGAUAUGAGCUUGCAUCUAAUAGUAUGGCUUAGUGUUAUUUUUAACAAUCCCUACUUGUCAAUUUUGUAGUUUCAGUUCAUUAUGAUCUCUUCUCCACCACGCAUGACGCCCACAUUGUGGUGUAUUGUGUGAUCAUAAUUCCAAUAGUUCGUAUCCGUGGGUACGAUUUAAGCAUCAUGUUCUUUGAAUCCUGGAGUGUAGAACAACCUAAUGAUGGAGGUUAAUGGAAGCCGUGCAUUUGUGUCGGAAUUGCGUUUUAUUUUUCACAAAUCACUCUGCUGAAGGCAGCUAUAUGUAAUGUUGCUCACAACAAACAGAUUAUUCAUCAAUCAUGAUCGGAUUUUCCUAGUGCUUCCA